GCUUGCUGUUACAACUAAAUAAACGUUAAUUUAAAAAAAUACCUUGAUUUACCCGUGACACUAUGGCUGGCAAGAUUUUACCUGUUCUAAAGUUGGCGACUAAGGUGGCCAUUGCAGGAGGUGCUUUGUAUGUUGCCUAUGAUUCUGGACUAUUAGGGGGAAGUGAGCAGGGCUCCGAGGUCCUAGGAAAAGCUAAAGCUGCCAUUCCCUCUGCAGUGGAUGAGUGGGGGAAGUACUUUGGCUUUGAGCUUCCAGCUUUCCCUAAAAUCGGAUUCGUCCCUGUUGAAGCGUGGAACUCGGGGGUGCAGUCCUCCAUAUCUGCUCUCUCAUCGGGCCCUACAGCAGUGGGUGACUACACCAACCAAGGCUUGCAGUACCUGAAAGACCUCGCCAAAUGAGUGACAUCAUGCUACUAGCAGACAUUUAAGAACCACAUUUCUGUUUUGGAAUCACAACCAAAUCCUCUGGAGUAAUGCGACUGGUGCAAAUGCAUACAGCCCUCCUGUAAAAGUCACUUGCUUGCUUUGAAUGCAUAGCACAUCAACUACAAAAAAAAUGCAGUGGUACAGUAACAUUUGUGAAAUUAGGUUUAGGCCAAUUUAUAAUUUUUUUGUUUAGUCUAGUUGCUGAUAAUGCCAGGACUCAAUAUUUGCACUUUGUUGUGUUGGCAGCAAUUUGUCAACAUGAGCAGAUAACAAUCUUCUGUACCCUACUUUUUGAGUCAAAUUAUGACAGAACUUUGGUACCACAGAAAGACCUGCACCCAAGAGAGAAAUCUAAGUAUAUCCUGAUGGACAUAUUUAGUGCUAUCAUGUCUUGUGUGUGUAUACAUUGUUCAUUUUGCGAUUUUUAUUUAAGACUGAUUAUAUAUUGUUCUGGCUUUGACCCAAUUCCCAACCUAUCCCAUCAUGAUCCAACACUUAUUUUAUACAGAAAGAAUGUCUUGUGUGUGUGUAUAGAUAUUUAACCAUUUUCUGAGUGUAUAAUAAACCUAAACAUGUCAGUUGUGAGA